CAAGGACGGCCAUUUUUAUAACCAAAAAUCAAGCCGUUUAAAAAGGGCCGUUUUUUGCAUUAGUGUCCCAAAAUAAUUACUUCUUAUCUAAUUAGUGACUCAAUAGUGUUGACCCAAGCAUCAUUAUCGUGCUUUUAGUGGUAUUGUUAUAAAAUUUAAGUUUUUGUCAAAAGUGAGGUUAGGUUUUUAACUAAAGAGUGCAAAAAUGCCGCGUAUAAUGAUAAAGGGGGGCGUUUGGCGCAACACCGAGGAUGAGAUCCUCAAAGCGGCGGUAAUGAAAUAUGGGAAAAACCAGUGGUCUCGAAUUGCCUCGCUCCUUCACCGCAAAUCGGCCAAACAGUGUAAAGCGCGUUGGUUCGAAUGGUUGGACCCCAGUAUUAAAAAAACGGAAUGGUCGCGGGAAGAGGACGAAAAGUUGCUACAUUUGGCCAAGUUAAUGCCGACUCAGUGGCGCACGAUAGCCCCCAUAAUCGGGCGAACGGCCGCUCAGUGUUUGGAGCGCUACGAGUACCUCCUGGAUCAGGCACAGAAGAAGGAAGAAGGGGAGGAUGUCACGGACGACCCCCGGAAGCUCAAACCGGGGGAAAUUGACCCCAAUCCGGAAACCAAGCCUGCGAGGCCCGACCCCAAAGACAUGGACGAGGAUGAGCUGGAGAUGUUGUCCGAGGCGCGCGCCAGGCUUGCCAACACCCAGGGCAAAAAAGCGAAGCGAAAAGCGCGCGAAAAGCAGCUGGAAGAAGCGCGUCGAUUGGCAGCACUGCAAAAAAGGCGCGAGCUUCGAGCUGCCGGCAUCGAAGUGAAUUCGCGUCGUAAGAAAAAACGCGGUGUUGACUACAAUGAGGAAAUCCCCUUCGAAAAACGUCCAGCGAUUGGUUUUUACGACACUUCCACCGAAAUUGUUGAUCCAAUGGCGCCCGAUUUUCACAAAAUGCGUCAACAACAUCUCGACGGUGAACUGCGAAGCGAACAAGAAGAACGCGAACGUCGCAAAGAUAAACAAAAAUUAAAACAAAGAAAAGAAAAUGAUAUUCCACAAGCGAUGCUACAGAAUCAAGAACCGGCGAAAAAACGCUCGAAAUUGGUACUUCCCGAGCCGCAAAUUAGCGAUCUGGAGUUGCAACAAGUCGUAAAGUUGGGUAAAGCGAGUGAAGUUGCACGUGAAGUUGCAGCAGAGAGUGGAAUCGAGUCGACUGAUACGUUGUUCAAUGAUUAUACGGUGGCGGCGCCACAAGCGGCAGCGGUGACUCCCCGAACUCCGGCACCGCAAACUGAUCGGAUACUUCAAGAAGCGCAAAAUGUCAUGGCUUUGACGCAUGUGGAUACCCCACUCAAAGGGGGCCGAAACACGCCACUUCACAACUCGGAUUUUUCGGGCGUUUUACCACAAGCCCUCACCAUAGCCACUCCCAAUACGGUCCUGGCGACCCCUUUCGGGGCCCAAACCCCCGGUUUCAUGACACCGCAGGGCCCCCAAGGCAGUUUUACGCCUUCAGUUCGUGACAAACUCAAUAUAAAUGAGGAAAACACCGAAAUGGUGGCACAAACUCCAGCCGAACAGCGUUCGCUCCAAAACAAUUUAAAAGAACAACUAAGACUAGGCUUAAGUAGUUUACCGACACCGAAGAACGACUACGAAAUCGUCGUUCCCGAACAGGAAGAAGAGGAAAAAGAAGAAGAAAAAACGCCAAAUAUUGUCGAAGAUCAGGCAGAUGUUGAUGCGCGAGCGCUUGAAGAAGCGAAAAUUCGGGCGGCUCAGGAGUUAGCCCUGCGGUCGCAGGUGAUUCAAAGGGGGCUGCCGCGCCCCCACGAUGUAAAUUUGGCCGUUUUGCGGCCGAAUCACGAGUCGCAUUCGUUGACCGAGCUGCAGAAAGCCGAGGAAUUGAUCAAGUGUGAGAUGGUGACAAUGUUGCAAUUUGACAAUUUGAAAAACCCUAACCAAGUCAAGCGCUCGGCUUUGGCUCAGGCCCAGCAGUUGGCAUUCCUGGAACAGCACCCGUAUGACGAUUUCAAAUCGGAUGAUUUAAAACUUGCCAAACAAUUAUUGAAACGUGAAAUGGAAAUUGUAAAGUAUGGAAUGGGCCAUGGGGAAUUACCUUUGGAGGCAUACACCCAAGUUUGGGAGGAGUGUCUGGGACAAGUGCUUUUUGUUCCAAAUUUAAACAAAUACACGAGGGCUAAUCUAGUGUCGAAAAAAGAGCGGUUAGAAUCGGCGGAAAAAAGACUGGAACAGAACCGCUCACAUAUGGCGCGCGAGGCGAAAAAGGCGGCAAAAAUGGAGAAAAAACUAAAGAUUUUGACAGGGGGUUAUCAAUCGAGGGCGCAAGCCCUUAUCAAACAAUUGGCCGAUUAUUACGAUCAGAUCGAUCAAGCGAAUUUGGAGUUGAAUACGUUCAAGUUUUUGCAAGAGCAGGAGAAGGCGGCGCUCCCGAGGCGCAUACAGUCGUUAACCGAGGAUGUUAACCGGCAAAUGGAGCGGGAGAAAGGGUUGCAAGGACGUUACGGCGAGUUGCAGGGACAAAUCAAGGAGUUGCAAAGCGAGUUGGAGAAGUUGCAACAGGAGAUUGAAGUUGCAAGGGGGGAGCAGGAGGGGGAGGCUGAGUGAUUUGAUGAAUAAAUACUGAUUUGAG